CUCUGAAAAUAUCACGAAGAUAUCGCGUGGUGAGACAGUGAAAGGGUCAAUCUUGAGAGAAAGAGAGAAAAAGAGAGAGAGAGAGAGAAAGAGAUAGAGAGACAAAGAGAAAGAAAGAGAGAAAAACUGGUCUGUGCGAGAAAGGCUGCGCUGAAUUCCCCGGCAAAUAGGAUCGAACGAUUAACCGGAUUAAGGUAAGAGCGGAUGGAAUCGGUGGUCGUCGUCGUCGUCGUCGUCGUCGUCGUCGUCGUUAUCGGCGGCGGCGGCGGCGGCGGCGGCGGCGGACCGACCAUCGCGGCAAGCCGGAAGCACCGUUAUACGGCCACCGUUCAUUCACUCCCUUCUACCUCGUUUGAAACUGCCUAGACGCAUCUUCGCCGAGUCUCGGACAAAGUCCGCUCUUCUCGGCAGCGGUCUCUCCUUCGAUCCUUGUUGACCCAUGACGACACGAGACUGCGAAUGCCUGUUCUCUCAACGUCUCUCCAUUGUAAUCCCUCGCGUGAAGUAGUAUCGCCCGUGAUCCUCCCAGAACGCGACUGCGUGUGCCCUCAUCCUGUCGUGUCUUGCGGGCCGAGCGUGAGAAUCGGCCGACGUACGUUCUCGCGACGACGUUCUCCGGCGCGAGGCACAACGUCCACAACAACAACGGGCAUCUCUUCCAGCUUUGCGAGCACUGGCGAUCAAAUCACGACGCGAUCGUGUCUUGGAGACACGAGAGCUUCGCCGCGCUCUAUCGUUGACUAUCGCGAAUUAUACAUUACAGCGAUCCCGAGUAUCACACGUAUCACGUAUCCGGACGCGACACCCGACGCCGCUCGGUAGGAACUGUACCACGUAUCGUUAUAUCACAUACGAUCACAUGUCGGCGAUUAAUAACGAGCUGGCGCGCGCGUCGCGAAGACCUGCCGCGGAGGAUCAGUAGCGCUGGUACCUGGAGUGAAUCGCUCUCACGGUCGAGAGGCGCGCGCGAUCUCUCGCUCGGUCAUUCGACCCUCCGCCACGCGCACUCCGUCGACGCGACGUUCCUCGUCGGCACCGGCGAGCGUGUGGCCUUAGCGGCAGCCGAUCUCGACGGCGAUUGCGUAAGGCGCGGGGUGGAUCGAGGUGCCGGGCGCGUAUCGAUAGUCGUCGACCUUGGCAACGCACGUGGUCGUGUCGGGUACACCUGCCUGCGAAGAGGCUGGUGUUGGUGUUGACGAUGGUGGGGGCGCGGGUGAGGAGGAGGCAUCGUUGCCGAGCGACGGAGGUGUGCGACGCAUAGCGGUGCAAGCGAGGUGCAAAGAAAGCACGACGAGAGCCCACACUAAGGCCGGAAAUAAACCGCGAAUGGCGUUGACCCGUGCAGGCAGCCAGGCAGGCAGGCAGGCAGGCAGGCAGGCAGGCAGGCAGGCAAGUAGCGAGCGGCAACACCAGCUGCCGAGCCGUCGCCGAGGUGCCGUUAACACGAGACGCGUGGACACCUUUAGGACGCAAGUUAUACGCCGCGCGUACGCUGUCAAUCGCGGGCAAAUCACCGUUCGCGCUCUCGGGGAGUCACGCCAACGGAAGCGUGACGGAACGACGACCGAUGCGGACGUUGUACCUCGGCGAUAGAGUGAUAACGAACGACCGGUAAACCGGUAAUCCGACUGUCCGUGGAUUUAACCGAGUUCUCUGCAGUCCGGUUUAUUGAGCCACUUGCACGUACACGCCACUUCAUGAAAAAGUGUCUCCCGAAGUGAGACCGAAGUUCUGCGCGCAAGCAGAGAGAAAGGAAAACAUAAAACCGGGGGACUAACGGAUACUCGAAGAAGGGGCGCAGCACUCACUCGACCGCUUCCCGAGAUAAACGAUCCGCUCGCAGCAACGUCAUGCCCGCCCGCGCACGUAAUUCGCACGUGUCGUUUCUCGCCGUGCACCACGACGCGCGCGCACAGCAGCAGCAGCAGCGGCGGCGGCGGCGGCGGCGGCGGCGGCGACGGCGAAGGGUACAAGGAACGCGACGGAAAAUAGGUCACGUCGAAAUGAGACGAGUGUUUCUCUCUUGUGUGUGUGCGCGCGUUCGCGUCGGAACGGCUCCGGAGAAUUCCCGAUGUAAUCGCGGUAAGCAGCAGCUCGAUAGAUAUGACGCACCAGGUCGAGACUCGACACGAGAGGAAUCAAUGUUCAGGUCCAGGCCACCGCCUGGACGUGCCGUACGCUGCUAUUCCGCUCCGAUCUACCCACUGACAGCAGCGGCGUAUGCGUCGGCUGUCAGCAGCUCCCUUCUCACCCUUCCUCGCGCACGCAGGUCACCCUUUUACGCACUACGCGUUACGCAUUCGCCGUGCACACCGGUACACCACACACCGGUGACCCGAUAUCGCGGGAGCGAGGCGAACGGGCGAGGAUGUAGGCGUGCGUUCCGCGAGAGAAAGACCAACGAGAGACGGCGAGUGCAUCGUAGGUACAUGCGCGUGCACGUAUAUAUGUAUGUAUAUAUAGAGAAAGAGAGAGAAAGAGAGCACGAUUCAGCGCGAGAUUCGCCGAGAAUUGCCGACUGGAUGCUGGCUGGAUGCGAGACUACGGCGAAGCUGCGCGCUGCCGCGCGACGCAGCCUUCCUUCAUGUAUGCACACAAUGGAAGUGAAACGAGGCGCCGUGUCUCUCGACGGCGCCGAUAAAAGGGGUAAUAAGUUCCUCGGCGUUUCUCGACGGCUGACUUUGCUGCCGCUCGAGUGCCGCGAGUCGAUAAAGAGACCUCGUCUUUCUCUCCGGCCUACAACCUGUAUACAAGGUGGCUCAAGGAGAAAUUACCCGGAGAAGGUCUGCCGAGGUACAAUUAAUAGUACAGCGAAGCAAGUGAGAGAGCCAAUGCAAUUGUGCACUUGCCUCGCCGUAUUAGUGAAUCUAAAGAGAAGACUGAGAAAGACUUCAGUAGCGUCUAGUAGCCGUGAAGAAAAACCGGACGGAGAACGUUCGAUUGACGCGGCUCAGGUGCUGGACGUGUGGACGGCGGCGUCGGAGCUGAGAACUAGGUUACUGCGAACCGCUACGCGCCGAGCUCGUAUCCUGAACGUAAAUUACCAGCGGAUCCCUUUUUCCUACCGGGACCAAGAGCGUCGACGCCGGCCAUGCCAUUGGCACGUGCGUUUUCGUUCAUCGACGACUGUUCUUAUCAGCAAACACAAUCGCACGCGGAAAAAAAAGAUACGCAGAAUCAGAAUAUUUAGUUGCAUCACCCUCUAGUCAACUUGUGUGUGAUGGUAAUGUAUUAUGGUAUGGUUAAUACGACUUUUAGGCGUGGUUGCACCAACAUUAUUUUGCCUUUAAGCGAAGUUUAAACAUACAUCUAUCUUUAUCUUUCUUUUUAAAUAAAUAAAGACAGACGUAUAUUUAAGUAUCAUUUAAAACCAAAAUAACGUUGGUGUAACCGAGUUUAGUUACUUUGGUACAGUGAUGUAGUUGUGCAUGAUCUAGUUAUGGCAACCAGAAAUCGGUUGGGGUGACAUUCACUAUGGAAUACAUUUUGAUUGAAGCAACCAGAUAUUGUCACUGUAACUCAGCAAUUGUUCUGUGAUUACAACCACAUAAUUAGUUCUGUACUUUACUAUCGAAUCUUUAAUUGAUACAACUAUUGAUUUAUGUUUAAGCCAACAUAACGGAGAAGAUAUUAUAUUUUUUUAUAUAAAUUCUUUUCAAUUUCAUUCUGUUUUUUAUUGCUUAGGAAUAGACUGUCAGUAAGGUUUGUAUUGUUAAGAAAUACGGUAAAUUUCGCUAGAAAUAUAGCGAAUGUUUUU